AUGCCUCGACAGAACCAACGAGACACCACGCUCGCACAGAGCAACUUUCCAACCAAGGUGACAUCCUCAAGACGCAAAAUGCCUUGGAAAGUAGCGAGAACAGAUGCUCGACAAGCGCGACGGGUAUCUCGAGGUCAUUGUCAGAAGGGCAACGAAUACAAGGAGCUGUCCGAUAAGCACGAUGGACUCAACCGUGAUUGUCGGAAACUCAAGGUUGAACUCACCAAUUUUGAGAUGCAACUUACGGCCAAAGAUCGGCAGCUCAGUGACUUUAACAAGUUACUAAGCUCUACCUCGCGAGCCUACAAGCAGGCGCAGGAGCAAUCCCGCCGAGACGAGACCGAGAUUUCCGAGUUGCGCACGUCAGUCGCUGCUCUGAAGAACAAGCUGUUCAAGCGGAAGCAGAGUGUGGAUAAGCUUCAAACCAUCAAUGGUGAGCAGCUCUCCAACAUUCGGGACAAGGAUCGGGUUGCCAACACGAUAACGCGUCUCGCGCUGGUCGAGUGUCCUUCAGGAGACUGGAAGGAUAUCAUGGAUCAAGUAGAAUGGACAAGUCCAAUUGUCCCAGCCCAGCCUACCCACAGUGUGUGGGAGUUUGCUGAAUCCUGGUUGAACAACGCCAGCUUGGUAGCUUGGGAUAGGACAGAGAGCAUAACUGCCCUGUUCCUUCUUGUCAUCUCCAAGAUCGCAUCAGGUUCAUUGGAUGAUCUUGCGGUUUGCUUGCCAUCCGAGUCACUGCUGCCCAUUUUCAAUCUCUUCCUGGUAUCUCUGCAGAGAUGUCUCGAGGAGUGCAAGGUCCAUGCCUUUCAAGUCUUUCUCGUCUUGCAUGUCGGCAUGAAAGUUGGAGUAGCGUGGCCUGGGGUGCAAGCUCAAACAAUUGAGCUAUUCCGAUCAGGACGCAGAUGGAACGCCGUUCGGACACUCUGCGAAGCCAUCGAGAAUUGGGAAGACAGCUCACAAAGGCUUAACCUCGAUACCUGCAUGUUUCAUAACGGUAUGAAUCUUAUUGGUUUCAACCGACAGUCAGCAGGCAUAUUGUUGAUACAUGACCGAAAGCUCCGAUGGAUCGACGCGUACUUUGUGAGAUUCCAAGAUCGCGAUGCGAUACUCGGUGUCAGUGAUGAGCAAGUCUCAUUCAAGCCAGAUAGCAACGAUCUGAUCUGGUUAGCUAUGCAUAUUAUAUAG